AUGUGGCUGCUCGCCCCGCUCUGUGCACCCGCCUGCGGCGGCCACUCGCAAGCGUUGGUCGUCUACGUGCCCACGACUCCUCCGUCCUGGGCGACGGCCGCGCCGAUACGAAUAUUCAUUCCAGGGAAUGGUACAUCAUCCGUGCCAACCCACGCCACGGGCAUUCCAGAUGAAGUCUUCAGGCGCGUGGUGCUUGGCAGCGGCGGCGGUCAGUGCUCGUCAUUUGCCAUCGAGCAGGUCAUCGGUGGCAGCGACACGGGAAGCGUGCUCUGGAGCGGGAGCGUCGUGCUGGCAGAGCUCAUCGGCGCCCGUGCGGCGACAUUUGGCAUCGUGCCCGGCUCGACGGCCAUAGAGCUGGGCGCGGGCCUCGGCCUCGUCUCGAUCGUCGCGAGCUGCCUCGGAGCGCGCGUGGUCGCCACUGAUGGCGACGAGUCCAUCCAGCCCGUGGCCAAGCGCAACGUCCUCCUCAACCAACGCCUACAAGACGUUGCCGGCAGCCAGAGCGGAUCGGAAUCAAACGAGGGCGGGCAGAGCGGAGCCGGAUCUGUCGACGUUAGGCAGCUGUGGUGGGGCGACGUGGCCGCCGCGCGAGCGCUGGGCUCCUUCGACACCGUCUUGGGCUCAGACCUGGUCUACGGCACCGAUGGGAUAGUCGGCCCCGUGGCUCGCGAGGCCUCGUUUGCGGCGCUGCUCUGCACGAUGUGGCUGCUAAGCCAUGAGAACACGACCCUCGUUCUGACCUACCGAGAGCGCAAGCCGAUCGAGGCGCGCUUCUUCACAAUGCUGUGGGAGCAGUUUGAGCCGGAUGUGGAGGGGGCGUCGGGAGAGGCGUGGCGAGGAGAGGCGUCGCCGAUCGCCGGUGUGCCUGAGUCUAGCAGCGUCCGGCUAUUCACGUUCCGCAGGCGGCGGCGCGAAACGGGGGGCGACACACCGCCGGCGCCGUAUUGUGCGGCGCUCGGGCGAGACGCGGUGGAGUAG